GAUUACGAUGGAUAAAGCUGGUACAUUUCAUGCAAAUUCGGAGCAUUGUUAACAAAGUUAACAAAAACGAAACAGCUGCUGUGUGACGUCAUCACCAAGCGACGGGAAGUGAGGCAGAAGACGCUUCUUCUUGCCGAGCAGUAGGUUUAAAGUAUGGACUUGUCGUAUGGCCCAUUGGUCUUGGGUGUAGCAGCUGGCCUCGGCUGUGGGCUCCUUCUUGGUUGGCGCCUUGGGGCCCGCUUUGGCGCAACAUCCAAAAGUCUGUUGAAAGGGAAUGGGAAUGGCUCUGGAGAAGCAAGUGUGAUGGGAGAAGGAGGCGAGUUCAAAAUGAUUCUGGUGGUCAGGAAUGACCUAAAGAUGGGCAAGGGGAAAGUUGCUGCCCAGUGUUCCCAUGCUGCUGUGUCGGCUUACAAGCAGGUCCAACGCAGGAACCCCGAGCUGCUCAGACAGUGGGAAUACUGUGGCCAGCCCAAAGUGGUGGUGAAGGCGCCUGACGAGGACACCCUGAUUGAUCUGCUAGGCCGCGCCAAGGAAAUGGGACUUCCCGUUAGCUUGAUCCAGGAUGCAGGAAGGACACAGAUCGCACCGGGCUCACGCACCGUGCUGGGCAUUGGCCCGGGCCUGGCCGAUCUGAUCGACAGUGUCACUGGAGACUUGAAGCUCUACUAGAGAUCCAGCUUUCAGCUGAGCUACCAGGAGUUUUAUUACAGGGCUUAGUUCAGUAAUGACACAUUUGUACUUUUACUGUGAUAGCUCAGUAACAGAGCAGUUCUUCACAUCAACGGGACGCUCAGAAAUAUGAUGAUUUAAUAACCUUUGUUUUUCUUUAUAAGCAUUUGCUCAAAUUAUGUACUGCUAAUGAGAAGAUUGAUUUGUAGGCACUCUUACUGUGAUGUUGCACUGAAGCAGCAGAGCAGGUUAAAUGAAUGCAACAUCACAAUUGUGCUGAGACUCAAUGGCAUUUAUUUUUUCCUAUAAAAUAAUGUUUUGGAUUUUUUUUAAUUUGUGUGGUCUCAAAUGAUUUUUUACAUGUGUAACUAGAAAACUAAUUCAUGGGGUGCUGCUGAUAAAAGCCACAGUUACAAAGCAGAGGUGGAGGUUUUACAGAACAGCAGUUCAGCAAGUCACCACACCUUAUUUUUAACAUGUUUAAAAUGAGAAAAGCUUUUGUCUACAUGUCAGUCAUCAUAUGAGCUGGUCAAAUUCUCUAGAAGGUAAAGAAAGAUGCACUGACUAGAAAGGAGAUGAUGUCACGCUAUUAGUGUUCGUACAACCAUCCUAAGUGUAUGUAACGCUGCUGUAGUAAAAUCUGCUUCGUAUGAAGCCGUUUCAGUGUGAAAUACUUGAAAUGUGAGUUUAGAAAAGUGCCAAAUAAAUAAAGACAAUUGGAUACAUUCAUGUAACUGAGUUUAAGGCUACAGAUCAGA